AUGCCACCUCAAAACCUUCGGCCCUGCAGAGUUCUUAUCGCCGGGGGUGGCGUCGGCGGCCUUACUCUGGCGCUGUCACUGGAGAAACAUGGGAUCAGCUACCUGCUCCUGGAAGCAUAUCCUGAGCUGGCCCCCCGACGCGGUGGUGGUAUCGCCAUAAUGCCUAACGGAGCGCGAAUUCUGGAUCAGCUGGGCUGCUACGACGACCUCCGACGACGGGCCGGGAGUGUCGUGCAUCGUUCGUAUCUCCGCGCCCCUGAUGGAACCGUCCUUGCAACAGUCGAGGACCUAGAGAAGCAGAUAACUGAGAGCUUCAGACACGGUUAUCCUAUCAUUUGGGUGGACCGGCAAUUACUGCUCCAGACCCUCUAUGACUCCAUCACGGUCAAAUCCACCCUUCUCACCAACAAACGCAUUGCUACGGUCAGCCACCUUACCGAUGGGACUCAAGUUACAACUACAGAUGGCUCUGUCUACACCGGGGAUAUACUCAUUGGCGCGGACGGCACCCACUCAACCGUGCGUCAGGCGAUCGUCGAGCGAGCAACCCAGCUAGGGCUUGGUACGGAGUACUUUGAAGAAGAGCAAAUUCCAUCAACUUAUGACUGUAUUUUCGGUCUCUCGCCCUACAAUUCCGUCCUCGUUCAGAACCCCGACAGCGAACCAGGAAGCCUUCAAUUUAUCCGAGGAAAUCACUACUCUUAUGUCUUGGGGACUUCCGGCCCCGCUGACCGAACCUGGUGGUUUCUUAUGAUUAAUCGCGGUAUCACGUAUUAUGGCACGGAGAACAACAAAACUCAGACAUACGAUACCGCGGCUAAGGAGACCAUACUACAUGCCCAUAGGGAUGAUCACCUCACUCCGAAAGUCCGGCUGGCGGAUCUGUUAAAAGGACCGACUGAGACGGUGUAUACGCCCCUACGGGAGUGGGUGUACACGAAGUGGCAUUUAGGGCGGUUGGGUAUCUUGGGUGAUGCGGCUCAUAAAAUGACAACGACCAUCGGACAAGGCGGCAAUCAGGCAAUCGAAAGCGCGGCAGCGAUGACCAAUAGUCUUGCUAAGGCAUUAAGUGCUGGUGCCGCUAUCAAAAAGCUUUCUGAGCAAGAGAUAGAUACCUUGCUUGAGGAGUUCCAGGAGGGGCGUGUCCCGCGAACGCGGAUGGUGAUGGCGGCAUCUCGCAGAAAGCAGGACGCGGACGCAAUGGAAGCGCUCACUUCCGAUAUCCCAAAGGUCUUCAGCGCCAUCUACAACACCACUCAGGAGGAAGAACUCAUCUCUGCUGGGUACCAGGAUGUCGACGGCGUUUCUCGCGUCGGGAUAAUCUCAACGCUCACUAUGUCACACAUGGCCGACCCGGAGGUCGGAAUCGUUAUGUGGCCACUUCAGACAUGA